AUGAGACGUACACCUAGCCUCGCCGACCUCACCCAGGCUCUGAGCCUGGCAAAGCCAGACUUUCGAGCGAAAGCAGAGGCUGCUACCAUGAGUCCGGUCGCGGCUAGUCGGUUGCAUCUCCCACCUUCAGUACUGACUCGACAGCGCAACGGCUCGUGUAGUUCGGUCGGCUCGAGCGUCUGCGAUAGCAGCAGUGAUUGCUCUGUACAAGGUAAGCCUCUGCUCUCACCGGUCACUGCUAGCCAGCCGCACACGGAUGCAACGCUUCAGCCUUAUCAAGCCGUUCGAGCGGGCGAUGAAGCGCGAGACGGCCGCAUCGGACUCGGCCGUGGCGCAGACGCACCAGUGUACAUCCGACCCGACGCUACAGACUCGAAAUCGGACGCAGAGCUCAUGCCACCUCCGCCUGUGCCGUAUCCGACCGGCAGAUCGCGCCCAAGCUUGGCUAGCUUUGGUCGCAGCGUGAGCAUGAACGUCGCCGGUCGAGCCGAUCCCGUCCAACGCAGCUCGGCAGCUACACUGCGCAAUCGUACCUCGAUGCCCAGUCUGCCCAAGAUCACCCUGCCCAAAGGUCCACAUCCGCUCGAGCAUUCCUGGACGCUCUACAGUGAUUCCCCAUCUGAGCGAGCAGCUGCCGGUCAGGAGCGCCGAGCGUCGGGCACGACACAAAGCUUCGAAGCCGGACUACGCAAGAUUGGUACGUUCGACACGAUCGAGAGUUUUGCACAGCACUUCAACUGGCUCAAACCCCCUUCGAAGCUCUCAAUCGACUCGAAUGUCUAUCUCUUCAAGAAUGACAUCAAGCCCCAGUGGGAGGAUGCAAGCAACAGCCAAGGCGGCAAGUUCAUCAUCCGUCCUGCUGGCUCGAACCUUGGCUUGCUCGAUAUCGUCUGGCGAGACAUCGCGCUCGCAUGCGUUGGCGAGAUGCUCGAUGGCGAGGCAAACCUCAUCUGUGGCGCCAUCGUGAGCUUGCGCGGCGCGCCUGCAGGCCAUCGCGUUCAGGUCUGGGUGCGCGAUCGUCACAAGUCGCAAGAGCUCGACACCGUCAGACACGGUAUCAACGCUGCCUUGAAUUGCCAUCAACAGGUCGUCAUUGCCUUUAUGCCUCACAAGACGAGCGGUCAUGCUGCACCUUCCAAACUCGACGGUAGUCCUGCUCAUGCCAAGUCGAAUAAGAUGCGAGCGGUCUCGUCACCUACUGCCAAUGGCCGCGUCGCCCUCGGGAGCCUGGCUCCUAAUCGACUCCAAGAGCAAGCAGUACAACGUAGAGCAAGCAGUGAUCGUACAACUCAGCACGCGCCUCGCUCGCCCAGACAGCAAUCGAGCUUGCGAUAA